UUGUGCAAAAAUGCAAAAUAGGUGGAGUGGAAAAAUGGUUGACGAUUUACGGGUAUUUCGUCUUUUAUGUUGACGAAUGGGUAUGCCCGGGUAUGUUGUGUAACAUCGCGGAGUCCGAGCGCUCCCCGAAAUGUCUGGAACGCCCAAACAUGACCGACAAGUACCAGAGACAGCAGGGGCUAGCCCUUCGGGCGCUUCGAGCGCUCCGAGCCCCGGCCAGCAGGGCCAGCAAGGCGAGGGCCAGCAGGGCCAGCAGGGCCAGCAGCCCAAGGCCAAGGGCGCCAAGGGCUCCCUCACGCGGCACAGCGGCUCCUUCCACGGCAAGCCGCGGGGCGGGCGCCUGGCUCGGCGGGCGCGCUCCUUCAAGGACGACUUCCUCGAGAUCCUGUCGCAGAUGCGGUCCCCCUCCGGGGCCUCGGCCUCGCGGUCGCCGCAGUCCCCCAAGUCGCGCACGCCCACCAAGGCCGGGCGCGGCGAGCGCGGCGACGAGGCGGCGGCCUCGCGCAACCCCCUGCAGGACCUGGACGCCCACGUCAGACAGGUCCAGUUCGCCCUCAAGCACUUCCGCGACGUGGUGAGCAACAACAAGCUGGAGGUGCUGCCGGGCAACGGCACGGUGGUGCUGGAGACGGUGGCCACGAUCCACAGCGCGCUCAAGACCUGCCUGCUGAACGAGCAGGGCGCGCACAGCACGCUGCUGGUGUCCGCCACCAACCAGGUGUACCAGAGCAUGGCCCAGCUCAUCCGCCUCUGCGACGACGUGCUGCUCAACGGCGGCAAGGCGCUCAACACCGAGAACGUGGCGCAGGUGAUCCAGCUCGUGGAGGAGGCCGUGCUCAACCUGGUGACGCUGGCGCGCGAGAAACUGGCCAGCCGCCACAGCUCCGCGUCCGUGGGGUCGUCGGGGUCGACGGGCUCCUCCGGCAGCGGGCCGCUCAAGUCCGCGCCGCCGGUGCCUCAGGCGGCGCACGCGCACGCCCUCCUGGACCGCAAGUCGACCUACUCGAUGGCUGGGCUGGAACUGCCGCAGCGCAGCUCUCUGCCGGACAUCCCGCUCACGCCCCGCGAGCGCCAGAUCCUGGAGCAGACGUCGCAGUCCGUCAUGGAGCGGCACCACCACGCCAACCACCACCCGCACCACCCGCACCACUACUCCCAGAGCUCCGACUCGGUGCUGCUGGACGGGGUGGACGGGGUGGACGGUGAGCCUCCGCCCAAGCCGCCGCUGCCUGCCGGUCGGCCCUGGUGCCUGUCGGAGGGGGGCGGCUCCUCGCCGUCGCCCAGCGGCGAGCCGCCCCCGCUGCCCCCCAAGCGGCGGCCCCGCGGCUCUGACAGCCAGUUCCGGCCGGAGUACCGGGCGGGGCCGGGGCCGCUGUCCGGGAUGGAGGCACUGAGCCUGCGCUCCAAGUCGCCCGAAGACACGUCCUCGCUGCUCAGCGCCUCGGCCGGCAGCCUGGACUCGGUGCUCAACCACUCGCGCGACGAGGAGGACGAGCUGCGCGCGCUCAUGGAGCCGGAGGCGGAUCACGACACGGACCGCACCGACAGCCACAGCGACUCACUCACCCUGGCGCCCGGCCCCAGCCCGGGCCCCAGCCCGGGCCCCAGCCCCACCGUCAACACCCCCAGCACGCCCGGCUCCGGCGCGCACGGCCGCACCAGCCGUAGCCCUUGUCACCACGGCCUCGGCGCUGGAGUGCCGGCCCUGGCCAGCCGCCUGGGCCUCGCCACACCCAGGGCCCUGAACGGCGGCGACGGGUCUCCCUCGCAGUCGCCGUCGCCGUCCUGCUGCUGGGACGGCCUGGAGGCGCACGACGGCCUCGGCCUCGGCCACGUCGGCGGGGCGGGGCUGGCCAGCCUGACCGAGACCAUGCACGCCGUGCGCACUGUGCACAGCUACGCCGCGUCCAACGCCUCACACCUCAGGUCAUCACAACAGAGCACGCUGUCCAUCACUAGUCAAGGGGCAUCCUCUAUGGCCGCUGUAGUGGCACAGUCCCAGCGGACCGUGUCUGUGUCUUCUUCGUCCUCUUCUUCUGCCACCAAGCUUGGAUUUACACCCAUGGAUGAGGACUCCUUGUUAGGCGUCAAUAAUUCUGACGACGGUAUGUUUGAAAGAAUAUCUCCGGCCAGCAAUGGAAGUACUCCUCCAGCACUACCUCAGAAGAACCGUUCACGACAUGGCCCAAAGCGGGAGAGACUCCCUUCACAGUACGACAAUGUACCUGGUAUUGAUACCACCGACUCCGCGCUGUCUCCGCAACGUCUCAAUUGCUCCCUCCAAACAACGUCAACAGUCAUGCAGUCACAGUCUCAUUCAGCCCUGCAAGUGUCCUCCACCUCUCCAUCAAAUUUAAUGAUGCCAGCACAUAAGUCAGCCAUUGCCCUUAGUGGUCCAGGACCUGAAGCGGGCAAGCCGCCUCCUCUUCCACUCAAGAAGAAGCACAUGUUCCAAUCAGUGGCAUACUCGGUUAUGGCCUAUAUGGAAAUGUUUGGAAACUGUUCACACACAAACAACAACGACUUCUUGCGCCAUUCCAUGCACACUUACAAUGUACUGCAGACAGAAUGGCAGCAACAUGAAAAUUUCAGUGCAGUCCAGUCUCGGUCAUUUUAUUACCAAUGUGAAAACCCCAAUAGUUCUCCAGUCCCAGCUGACCUAAUGAACGCCAUUCCUCCUGCAUUGCCACCAAAGCGAAGCCGUGCAUCAAGUAUAAGAUCAGUCAGUAGUCCUCCCCCGUCAUCACCUGUAACCAGCAUUUCCCCAAGUUCUCCUGCUUUGAAAGAGGAGAAAAAGAAGGUCAUCCCCCCAAGACUGGACCUCUCUCCAAAGCCGCCUCUGCCUCUGCCACCGGUUGACACUCCUCACCGCACCGUUCCUUCACCGCCUGCGGAACUGCUCCCAGUGCAGAGUCAGCUGACUGAGGGAGCUGCUAUAUCCGACGAAACUGGAAAUCUAUUGGAAGAACUUGAUGUCAGCAGACACUUAGUCUUAAAGAAAGCUGAAGAGGAUGGACCAGACAUUCGAGGAGGACAUGAAGAUGGGCUAAUUGUGCUAGCAACAAAGGCUAAUAAAAAUGAGGAAAAUGAAACAGACUUCCUGUACCAAGAAGCUUUCCUGACUACAUAUCGGACUUUUUUGUCCCCUUUGGAGCUCAUUCAAAAGCUUUGUUAUCGACACCAACGCUUCCAUUGCUCUGCAGAAGUUUCCAAGCAAAGAGCAGCCAAAGAAUCAUUUUCUUUACUAGUGAGAGUUGUUAGUGAUUUGACGGUAUCAGACUUAGACGACACUGUUCUUCAAACCUUGUUGAAUUUCGUGUACCAACUUCUGGCAAGUGGUGAUCUUACUAUGGCAAAGGCGCUUCGGGUUAAGAUUCUAGAAAAGCAUAGUGCCAAAAUGCUUUGUAACACAACAAAUACGUUGUUGCCCUCUCAGAAUGUGUACACUCGUCGCCAUCGGGAAGCCUCUCUACUUGACUUUAAAUCAGAGCAAAUAGCAGAACAGAUGACUCUAUUGGACGCCCAGCUCUUUAUGAAAAUUGAAAUCCCAGAGGUUCUGAUCUGGGCUCAAGAACAGAAUGAGGAGAGAAGUCCAAAUUUGACCCGAUUCACUGAGCAUUUUAAUAAAAUGUCCUACUGGGCAAGAUCACGAAUUUUAGAGCAGUCAGAAGCUAAAGAUCGUGAACGUUAUGUUGUGAAGUUUAUCAAAAUUAUGAAACAUUUGCGCAAAAUGAACAAUUUUAAUUCUUAUUUAGCCUUGCUCUCGGCUUUAGACUCUGCUCCUAUCAGGAGACUAGAGUGGCAGAAACACAUCACUGAGGGUUUGAAAGAGUAUUGUGCCCUCAUCGAUAGCUCUUCUAGUUUCCGUGCUUACAGACAGGCAUUAGCGGACACAAAUCCACCUUGCAUACCCUACAUUGGUUUGGUCCUUCAAGACUUGACAUUUGUUCACAUAGGAAACAGUGAUUUACUUGCUGAUGGGACCAUCAAUUUUUCAAAGCGUUGGCAGCAGUUCAAUAUAGUUGAAAAUAUGAAGAGAUUCAAGAAAGGGACAUAUUCAUUCAAAAAGCAAGAGAGAAUCAUUGCCUUUUUCAGCAAUUUUGACGAAUUUCUAUCUGAAGAGGCUAUGUGGCAAAUAUCAGAAUCAAUUAAGCCAAGAGGGGGAAGGAAACCUGUUAACACCUCUUAAUUUGAAGUUUAGCUUGAAUGUAAAACAAAAACCGCAGUGGUGUUUGUUUCGUUUUUUGGUAAUGUUAGCUCGUCUUCUUGUUUAGCCUGGUUGCUCUUCUUUUAAUAGUUGGAAAGGUAUUAUACUGUGAGCUGUGGUAUGGCAUGUAAUCAUUGUUUUAACGUGGUGCAUUAUGGAAUUGAUGUUCGUCAGUAUAAGGGAACCUGGUUUAGCUCAUUUCUACUACAAAUGGCUGUGUUUUAUGCUUAUCUUAAGAGCCUAGUGUACUUCUGUACUCUUUAAAAUCUUAUCUAUUUAUCAUUGAUUUAUUUACUUGAGACCAUUCUGUAAGGCCUAAAACCUUUCUUUUGGAAUGGAAGAAGCAAAAUUUAUUCAUGAAGCGUCUUAGCUUUUUUAUGUGAGUAAUGCGCGCGUGCUUGAUCAAUGAAGCUUUUUGUUCAUUGUUUAAGAAAGUAAAUGUCACUUUCAGCUGCUAUGCACAUUGAUUGCUGCAUCUCUUCUCCUCAAUUGCAAAAUUUCUUCCCAUCUUUCAAGGAGUUUCAUUUUUUUUUUUUUAAAUUGCAGCAUUGAGUGUAUGUGGUACCUGCUCAAAGCAGCAGUAUUAUAUGUAACCAACAAGUCAAGGCAGUUUUUGUCUUGUUCAUCUAGUGUGUUCAAACUAUUUUUUGCCUUUGUGGAGAUUGUUUCCAUUUUGAUUUUAGUUUUGGGGUUUUGUAUUUUAACAUUUUCUGUCUGCAAUCUUUCAUCAAAGUUUUGUGAUUGUUGAUUGGAAAUUGUCUUCCACAAAACAAAGGAUAUACUUUGGGUUUUGUUUUAAUUUAAAUUUGCUACUGUAGCAAAAGUGAGGUGUCCCAUUUCCGUUAUUUUAGUUUUGGGGCUGUCUCCUAGUUGUGUUGUGUUCUGUUACCCUUAUGCAUUUAUGCUCUAAUGCUUAAAGUCUUGUUAAGAUUACCUAAUUUUAAGGAAUGCUUAGGACUUUAGCUUCCAGUUGGUCUGGCCAAUGCUUUCGUUCCAUUGACUGUCUUUCAAGGAUAAAUAUUUCACAAUUUCGAGGACGAUAAAAAUUGCUCUUCCUAAUGAGAAAACAUGUUAUGUAGAUGCUCCUGUAAAGUGCUGUUUGAAUAAUGUAGUUGUGUUUAAUAUGUUUUUGUCCAACAAGACCUUGUUGUGUAGAUUACUUCUGUAGAUAAGUAGUUUUAUUUUGAGACUAUACUUGGAUUUAUAUUUAUUUACUUAUUUAUUUAUUGUGGUUUCAUUUUGCUAGAAUGAUUAUGGAUCAAGCUUUGAUCAAGUAUACUGCCUGAAAUCAAUGUGGUGUACCUCAAGGCAAUUUACUCUGUAAACUUCUUAAUGGAACCAAGGCCUAAUCAUGUAUUGUUACUUAUGCCUUAUGAUGUAUAUAGAGAGUUUUUAUUUAUUUUUGAUGAGUGCAUGUGUUCAUGUUCAGACUGUAUGUAUGGCUUUUUCAUUGUGUCAAGUAAUUUCAAAAGCAAUAAUUUUGCUUGAAUUUUCUUUCAUACUUUUGGCCUUAAAGCUGAUCUUUUUCACUAUUGCAGAUCUCCUGUUAUGUGGACCUCAUUGUGCUUUUGAAUCAAACAAUCUAAGUCUUUUUCUCUCCUUUGUUGUUUUGAAACUUUCGGAUCUAUGCCAUUUCGAGUGUAAAAUUCCUUUGUAAUGAAGUUAUACCAAUCAUUCUCAUUAAAAUCAAAGGUGAAUCAAAGCUUUUGAUCAUUGAGAUAAUAUUUGCUGAGUGCUAUUACUUGUUUACCUGUACCUCCGUUUCUUCUGUACUAUUUAAGCCAUCAUUUUUGUAGAAAUUUUGUAGCUAUCACUGGUUUAUGAAUUGUCAGUCAUAUGUAUUGUUUUCGAACACAAUGAGUCCUCUUAAAUUGUAAUGCAACACUGUGGACCAGUUACACUAACGUUUGUCAACGGAGUUAAUGUGAUGCGUCAAAUGAAUCAUAUUGGUGCUGAUAUCUUUAUCAUUAUUGCAAAUUCCCUCAGACUGCAAUAACUUCCUCAAAUCAACAGUAGGGAACUUUGGUUAAUAAUGAUGGUUUUAAGAUUUUCUGGUUUAUUUUUUAUUGUGUCUCCUAAAUAUGUCAUAAGAUUUUAAUCAAUUUUGUUCUUAUAAUGCAUAUCACAGGAGCAGGCAUCUCUAGAAUUUUCUGUUUGUUGCCCCUUUUGAGGUGAUUGUGAAUGAUUACAGUAUUAAUAUUUUUGCACAUGGUAUGAAAUUUGUAACCACAAUUUUCUCACCUCAAUGUAGGACUUCAGACUUUGGUGUACCUUGUUUUAAUUAAUUCUUUAAAUUUUUGAAGUAUUUAACAUUUUCAACAUUCUUACUCUUGGAAGCAUGUAGGCUGUUUUGUCCACUAUUAUGAUUUCACAAUUUUAUCAGCAGAUAAUGAUCACAUUUUUCGUCUGUCUUGUUCAUUUCAUUGAAUGAUAAUGUGAUCUUUGCUGUUGCAUUCGAUAACUAUGUAACCUCUUGUCUUUCUGUAUGGGUGUAAGUGGUAUAUGUUGAAUGACUGCUGUUCAUAUCACAAUCGUAGAUUUAUUGUUGUGACUAGUGUAAGUGUGUGUAGCCUAUGAGGACGAUUUUAGCCAAUCUUACAUAUGAUCAAGCAUACAUUUCUACUAUUAUGUCGAUAAACCACUUUCAGUAUAUGUUUGUACUUCCUUAGGUUGUGUGGAAGAUCCAGUGUGUGAUUUUAUCGCCAGCUAUUUAUUAAUGGUUUCAUUCGUGUGAAUUUUAUUUUAAAACACUAGCAUUCUAUGUUUACUAUUCAAGUUCUGAACCUCUAGGAAGGCAAUAGUGUGCAUACUGUAUUAGUGAUGUGUAUUCUAAUUAAUAUUUUGAUUGCUUUGGCACAAAUUUUCAAGCAUCUGCGUUUUAGUAGAAUAUUAUUCAUGUGUCUGGAUUAGUCAAAUAUCUGUCUGUGAUCUUUUUUCAUAGAGUGGCUCUCGAGCCCACCUCAAAGCCGAGUUUUCAGUAGUCUUUAGUGUGCUUGGUUCACAAUACCUGUAUCCCUGAGUUUUUACUUAGUAUUUUAUUGCCCUAAACUCCCCAUUUUAAUGAUUUAUUGUCAGUAUUUUAUCAAAUUUUAUCUAGUUAUAGUCAAUGUACUCUAUAUGAACGUAGGGUUUGAUUGUAUUGCUACAUUGAAGCAUCCCCAUCUUUUAUUUUAUGGGGACAAUGAUUCUUUUUUUUUUUGACAACUUUGCCUGCCAAAGUUCUUUUUAUCAUCGAAAUUUAUGUAACACAUCCCUGGCAUAGUGGCCUUUAAGUCUCAUAUAGCAAUCACAUGUCAAGAAGAGUCUAGAAGCCUUCCAUGGGACAUGUGACGCCCUCCUCUUGCACAUUUCCUUUUUCCAUAUCUUAGAAUCAUGAUUUUUUUGGAAAGUAAGAAGAAUUUGGUGCCCAUUUAUUGUUUGGAAGGCUACUAAGUUGUUUCAAAAUUUAUUUUGUAUGAAAGCCAUUAGAAUGUUAAUUUUGCUGUUGCACAGUAUAAGAGUAUGUGUCAAUGAGUUGUGAGUAUUACUUCUGUGCCUGGAAAGACUGAGGUCUACUAUGCUACAAACCUUGUUAAGGUGGAUCGGUUCUUUGUGCAUUUUGCAAUGUAAAAUUGAAUAAAAUAGGAAGACAGGUAUUGUAUUAUUGGUUUUAACUUGGUGUGUUAUUGUACUGUAUUUUUUGAAAAAGGUGUAUACAUGUUUCAUGUUGUUGCAUACAUCUUGCUCAUUUAAAUCAGUUGAGUAGAAUACCCUCUUCUCCACCUUGUUAGGCAAUUUGUGACUUAAUGCAUCCAAUGUGAUUUUUCAAAUUCUUUUUCUGUAUCAAAGAAAGUAAUCAGUGAAAUUUAAUGAUGAAUUAGAUCUCUAAGCAAGAUGAAAUCUAUGAGAUUUUAAACUGUGAUCUAUUGUACUGUCACAAAUAUAAUAUAAUAUUAUUAUGCUCUUCUUUAUGACUGUUUAAGAUAAUUAAACUUUGCUUUAAAACUUAGGAAAUAUUUAAAUAUUAAAUUUGUUUUCCUUUAGUGUGCUUUUAAUGUAGCAAUUUUAAAAAAAUAGGUAGGGUGUAAGCUAAGCACCAAAUACGAAAAUUAAAACACCAAAAGUACCUUCAUCUUUAGACAAACUUAAGCUUAUGUUGUCUGCGUCAACUAUUUUUCUAUAUCUAUCUUUGUGGCUUUCUUAAGUUGCAAAAACCAUAAUAUUUUGAAAGUUUGACUAUGUGUGCACUUGGUGUUUCACCUUCAUGUAUUUGAUUAGCAAUACUAUUAUUCUGAAUUCAGUAGACAAUGAAUGUACUUGUGCAUCCAUAAUUGAAGUUUUGUGUAGUUGGUUACAAUCUAUGGUGCUUAAAUGCAGCAUUUUAAGUUGUGAUGUGUGUGCAGUUAUUUCUCUCUUGUUUUCAAGGUAGUAAAAUCAUUUGACUGCUUAGUUUUGGUAUGAGUGUUUUGUACUGUGACAACUUCGACUUGGAGGAAGGAUUUAGAGCUUUCUUGUUUGAAGCAGACCACAAUCAGAUCUUAAUUGUUAAGACUUUGAUAUUGUAACGCACUUGAUUUUAACGAACAUAUUCAUUUUAAGAAGCUGGUAAAUGUGUACCCCUAGUCAAUGUUUUAAUCAUCACAUUGUUAUUUUUUAAUAGUCUGUGAUUCUUGUGUUCUACUUUUAGUCAUAUUGUCAAGCUUUUGGCUAAUGUUUCCUUCUUUCAUUUUGUCUUGGACCAAGUGGAACUGUUAUGAGGAAAGGAUACAUUUCAUGGGUUACAGUACCUCAUGUCCUACACGAACUAUGAAUGCUGCCUUGUAUUGCCCAAAUUAUCUUACUUUGAAUUUUAACUUAUGUGAAUUGUAAAUGAUGUCUUGAUUUGUAAUAAAAGACAUUUAGAGUGUUUUAAACUGAUUGGUUUGGUUUACCUCAAAGCACCUUUGUAAGUUCUUAAAUGCAGUACAGGCACUUCAAGCCCAUUCUUUUAAAUCUUCUUUCAAGCGGAGUUAUUUAAUAGUGCUCAAGUUAAAGUUUGUUGUUGCUUGAAACCAGCUGACCUCAUCUCUUUUUGCUGGUGUCCCAUUCUAGGUUUAAUUGGAACUAGAGCAUACAUAAAAUAGAAAACUCAAAUUGUUUAUAGAGUGGAAGUCUAGCUCGUCUAGUGUUAUGUCAAUCUGUGUCAGUGAGAGGUUACUUAAGCUCUUAGGGUUGAAGUUAAAUUGUUAGCUAUUAAAACAAAUACUUAUUAGUACACUGCUGAGAUGUAGUCAUGAUUGUUUAAAAUUUGAAACAAAGCUAAUUUGUGUCAAUGCAUUUUAAUUUAUUACCAUCAUUAUUAUUUAAUAUUUAUUGGAUGUACUUUUUUUAUUUGGUGCUUUUCUGUUAGUGGUUUGGAAACUAGCCUUUGUCAACAAACCACAUGCUAUCUUAUUUAUUUUGACCUUUUUAGUUCAUUUUAUUAUAUUUUUAUAAUACUGAGUCUGUUAUUUGUGGUUUUUUUUUUAUCAGUUAAAUGUGAGUAAAGCUGUAGUGUGCUGUGGCUAUUUGCUGUAAAUAUUUGUUCUGGUCUAAUUAAUGUAAACUUGCAAGUGUGGAGACCUGUGUGAAGAAAUACAAUGCUAAUACCUAGUC